AUGGGAUCAUGCUGCUGCAAGGGUGUUCGGGUUAGCGGUAUUCCUGAGCAACAACCGUCAACAGCGACCGAGUUGGAAGAGCAACGCAAAAGAUCCAUUUCCUGCCACCCCCUUCCGAUGCCAACAGGGUUCGAUAUCGAAAAAAAUGACACACAGUCGACAGCUACUCACCUUCCUCCACUUCCGAACCAGGUAGAUACCAAUAAAGAGGACAAAGCAUUGAUUAAUUUUCGCCUUCAGCAGCUUUCAAAUGAGGGUGGUCCGGCAAAUGAGAGUAAACCUGUCAUCCCAUCUCAGCUACCACCUAUCCGACAAAAAAUCGAUUCUAAAAGAAAGCAACAGCGGUCUAGUUUUCGCCUGGAGUCGCGGCCAACAAGGUCCGAUAUCGAGGACGAGUACAGCCGAAUUGCCACAACGUGUCUGCCGCCGCUUCAAAAGACCAUUAAUUCUGAAACCGAUGACAAUCUGGUGCAAUUGCAGUUAGAAGAGAGCGAUUUGGAUGUCGAUGAUAAUUCUGGUAGUAAUUGGCGCCUCUUGGUGUUGCCCGAGAAGAUCGAUUUCUCCGAAGAAGGCAGAUAUUUGACAUCGACUCCGAUACCACCCAAUCAAACACAGACGAAUUCAGACGAAGAAUACGCAAAGUCUAAUGCUUAUUUCUUGCGACCAGUUUCGAAUCAUAUUGUUUCUGAUGAUGAACAUUCAUCUUCCCCAUUGACUUUAUUGCAGAUACAACGACUUCGAGAACAUAUAAGUUUGGACGAACAUUACAAUCCCUUGCCGAAACAUAACUCUCCGAUUGAUAAAAGCAGCUCGCGAAUCUCUCGCAUUAAAGAGGACGACAUCAACGAGGACUAUAGUGAUUCGUUCGAUGAAGCAACCAUUCAUCUAUCCGACACAUCGAUUGUUGCCGAUACUAGUACAAUUGCUAAAAUCGAUGUUGCCCACCGAGAAGCAUUCGAUGAAUCGUUUAUGUCACAGCGUCAACGGGUAAUUGGCAAUAGUAAUUAUCGAAUUAUUAGCGAGAGUUGGUGUCCGAACUCGAUUGAACAGCUUGUCGAUCAGAUCAAAAGCUUUUCGAAGAACAAACCGGUCAUCGAUCGUUUGUGGAUCGUGUUCUACUGGAUUACACGGCAUAUUGAGUACGGCACAGUACCAUACAUCGGCAAAAAACGUGAAGAUAAGUCAGCAGAGGCUGUUUUUCGAACGACGAAGGGUAUGUGUGAGGGGUAUGCAAAUCUGUUUAAACGUUUGUGCGAUGAUUUGAGCUUGUCAUGCGAGAUGGAUUAUGGUGAUACGCACACUCAAAUUCUCAUUCGAGCGCCCGACGAUGUCGAACUCAUCGGUCGGCUUACUAUGAAUCGUAGUGUGACAGUUUUCGGCGGAGAUCGUGUCUUCUUCGAUCGAGGAAAAGGUGUCUGGCGAUGCAUGUUUGCGCCGUGCCACGACGGCCUGUUCGAGGCCUAUAUCAUGGCCAAGAAACGGUCAGAUCCAGGCAGCUACCCGAUCGCCGUACGGUUCAAGAUCGCUGCGACCCGAAUUCCGAUGCCACCGCUCUCCUAUCCGAGAACAUGGCAUCUUUUUCACGACCUCGAUCUCAGGGUGGAAGUACCACUCGAUUGUGCCACCGUCACAUGGCCCGAGUAUGCCUCAUAUGCCAUCGUUUGCAUACGUGCACCCGAGGAUGUUCGAUUGACAUGCUGCAUCCAGUACAAUGAUGCUCAAAUGAAAGACAAAGCAAGUGUCGCUGUUGAGGAUGAAACCUAUUACCGUCUAUCAAUGCGGCAUAGUUUCCGAAGCGAAAAAUUGGCAUCGAUCAGCAUCGAUGCCAGUUUGGCAUUGCCCGGGAACUGGUGCGCAUCGAUCAUUGGCGAUGCCAGUGACACAUGGCAUGGCAUGCACACCUUGAGAAUUGAAAGAGAAAGAAUGGUCGUUGAUGGAAAUGAUAUUAAUAAAGUGAAUUUAUGCAUAUUAUCAAAUUUAAUUCAGUUAGAUUCAAAUUUUUUAUGGUGGACAAGAACACUUGUUGAUAUAUUAAAAAUAUUUCAUGAAAGUCAUAAUAUUAAUAAUCAACAUAUUCAAGGUAUUACAGCAGCCUUAUUAGCAUAUUCGAAAUUGAAACAAUCACCGAAAGGUGUCGAAACACAUUUACGUAGUUUAUUAAUUUCAUAUGAAAAUAUUCCAUUAGAACUUAGUAUGACGAUAUUAAAGAAUAUCAAUGUCAAUACAUUAUUUGACCAAUGUGUAAAACAGAACCAAUAUAUAAAAAAAGAAAUGUUUAAAGUGGUCAAGUGUGUUUUAUCAUUGGAUAUAGACGAAGAUCGUUUCAACGAUUUCAUAAAUAUCAUAUCUGUACAAUUUAUGAAUUAUCCUAAAGUAGCCAGUUUACGAGGACAUUCGGAACAAAUUAUCAGUGACGUGAUGGAACAAGGUUUAGAAAAAAUGUUAUUCACAUGUGCACCAGCAUGGUAUUUGGUUGAAUUAUAUGAUAAUGUUGGUAUUUACAGUGAAUUUAUUGACGAAUGGUUAAAUAAAGUAUUAAAUGGACAAUAA